AGCCCGCCUGCGCGCUUCGUCGGGGUGGGCGCCGCCCCGCCCCUCCGCCCCGGCGCCCAAUCAGAGCGAGCGAGGGGUGCAGCCCUGAGACGCGCGGGGCCGCGGGCCUCGCCCGACUCUCCAGCAGCCGAGCGGGCUCGAGAGAAGUAACGGUUAUGGGGAUUUAGAACUUCUCCCCUGAGGAGGGCGGCAUGGUCGCCAGUGUCUCCCUCUCCUCCCAGGGGCUUCAUCCCUCUUUAGCUGCUGCCCCAAGGGAGUGACGGGCAGGGCCUUCUGUCAGCCGGUCUCCCCAGGGCACUCCGCGCCGGUGUCACCGAGUGAUAGGGUGAGGCGAGGCCUAGCUAACUUGUUGGGGCUUUUGUUGUUGUUUUGGUUGUCACCUUCCCUCUUGCCUGCCCUACGACUGCAGUCCUUGGGAGUAAAUUCCAUCAGGUUCGCCCUCCUCACAUAGCGGUGCCCAGGCCUUUCAGGGGGCCUGAAAUUUUGAUGAGGAAAAAGGUAAAAUUUAUGAAGAUAACAAAUCAUACAAUCACCCCUGCUUCAUCACAAAAGUAAGGCAAGAAGGCUCUACAUCCUUAAACCCUCCAUCAAAAUAUCUAACACAAUCCUCAAUCUUAAUAGCCCUGCCUUACAUCCUAUUGCAGAGAUGCAAUGUAAUUCAGUGUCUCUCUUAUGAGUGAUAAUCUAUCUCAAGCUGUUCAGCUUGCAGGAAUUCUUGGUGAUCUUUGGCUAAAGUACAUCAGCAAUUCUUUCUGUGUUAUCUGUACCAUGUAUUUCUAUGGAGUGGAAACAUGCUGUUAGGUAGAAGAUAGAUAUGAGUAAUGGAGAUUGGAAGAGUGGUCCUAGAAGACAUCCCAAGACCUCUUUGUGUUUGUACAGCCUGAUAAGCUACUACUAUAAAACCCCAGCUUCAUAUCCAUCACCCUGCAGACGGCCUUCACUGCUGCAUGGACAGACAUCUCCAGGCAUAAAUUGAUAGCAGUUCUCAACUGUAUCCAGCCCAUCCCUAACACCUCGUGCUCUUUGCACAUCCAGUGGGAAGUCACACAAGCUAUAAGGUACCAUGUCUGAGAAGUUCCUGUGCCACUAUUGCCAGAAUUCCUUGCAGGGAAAGAAGUAUGUGGAGAAGGAUGGACAAAGCUGUUGCCUGUCGUGCUUUGAUAAACACUGGGCCAACACCUGUGAGGAAUGCCGCCAACCAAUAAGUGCAGAUUCUAAGGAGGUGCAUUAUAAGAGCGGCUACUGGCACAACACCUGCUUUUGUUGUUACAAGUGCCGUCAACCCUUGGCCACUGAGACCUUUGUGUCCUGGGAAAACAAGAUCCUGUGCAACAAGUGCGCCGUUCAGGACUCCACCCCGAAGUGCCAAGGGUGCCUCAACAGUAUUGUGGCAGGAGACCAGAAUGUAGAGUACAAAAAUACCAUCUGGCAUAAAAACUGCUUUGUCUGCAGCAACUGCAAACAAGUCAUUGGAACCCAAAGCUUCUUCCCUAAAGAUGAUAAAUUCUACUGUGUGACUUGCCAUGAGAACAUGUUUGCGAAGCGUUGUACAAAAUGCAAUAAGCCCAUCAAAACUGGAGGAAUCAGUUACCAGGAUCAGCCCUGGCACAGUGAGUGCUUUGUAUGUUGUAACUGCUCUAAGGAGCUGAGUGGGCAGCGCUUCACUGUUGUGGACAACCAGUAUUACUGCGUGGAUUGCUACAAGAACGUUGUGGCCAAGAAGUGCACUGAAUGCCGAAAUGCCAUCACUGGGUUUGGCAAAGGCACCAAUGUGGUGGCCCAUGAAGAACAUUACUGGCAUGACUACUGCUUCAACUGCAAAAACUGUUCUGUAAAUCUGGCCAACAAGCACUUUGUGUAUCUUGGUGAGCAGGUGUUUUGUCCUGACUGUGCCAAAAAGAAAUAACUUGACAAGGACUCCUAUCCUGUAAAAUGGUAUUUGAACCAUGCUUUGUGUUCUUACUCUCUCUGCACUGCACCAACCAUAGGCUCUCACCUCUAUGAAUUUGUUCCUCUGUCUUUUCUUAUAUUUUACAGUAUCACUCAGCUAAGGGCACACUGUGAUCAUGUUAGGAUUCAACAACCUUGCAGCAUAAAUAAUUUCUCUGUUGCUACAAUGGAAAAACAAAAACUUGGAUAAACUCUUCUGCAUGUUUCUUAUAGAUCAGAAAAGUGUUAACCAUGUAGCCUCAUGAUGUGAGAAACAUAGGCAAUAAACCCCCACUGUGUAGUCAUACAGAAUGAAAGAGCUGUAGCAACUGCUCAGACUCACUGCUCACUCUCUUCUGUCAACAGAGAAAGAAUUUUCCAGAAUGUAUCCUUUCUGUUCUUUUGUGCUUUCAUAUGACGUGAAUUUCCAGAAAAUAAACAUUUUGAACUUA